CCCAUCAAAUCGCAGAGGCAGGAAGGGAAUUCAUUUCAAAAAAUAUUUUAUCAGUAUUUCCACGUUCAGUCUGUCGACAUGACCUUACAGCCUCCCCAUUAACCUGCUUCCAGCCGGUGGCGAGAUGAGGCCCCUCAAAGACGCCCAGCUGGGAGCCUUCACCUUCUUUGCUUCUGCUCUCCCUCACGAUGUCUGUGGGAGCAAUGGCCUCCCUCUUACCCCCAACUCUAUCAAAAUCCUGGGACGUUUCCAGAUACUCAAGACCGUCACUCACCCCAGACUCUGCCAAUAUGUGGACAUCUCCAGAGGGAAACACGAACGACUGAUCGUUGUUACUGAACACUAUGAAAACAGUUUAAGUGACUUCCAGAAGCAGGGGAAAAGAGCCAGCCCAGAGAAGGUCCUGCAGGUCGCCUAUGAGGUCCUUGAAGGCCUGGAGUUUAUGAACAAACAUGGCAUGGUGCACAGAGCCCUCAGCGCACACAAUGUGCUCAUGGACUGCAAGGGGAAUGUCAAGCUGGCAAAGUUUGGCUUUUAUCACAUGACUGAUCACGGGGCUGAUGUAGAUUUUCCCAUUGGGUACCCAUCAUACCUUGCUCCAGAGGUGAUCGCUCAGGGCUCCUUCCACCACAGUGAUUCUUCCCAUGACGAAGCUCCUCUGCCUUCAGGACCCAAGACGGACGUCUGGUCUCUUGGGGUUUUGCUCUUUGAAUUGUGUGCAGGCAGACGACUGCUGCAGAAUAUUGACAUAAGUGAGAGACUGAAAUUCAUUCUGACCUUGGGUUGCAUGGACGACAUUGUCACUGUCCUUGCUGAGGAACAUGGUUGCCUGGAUACCAUCAAGGAGCUGCCUGAGAAUGUUCUGGAGUUAUUAAGGAAAUGCUUGACUUUUCUUCCAUCCAAGAGGCCGACCCCCGCGGAGCUGCUGGGAGACCCUGUGUUUAAUGGCGUCUCAUGCCUCUACACGCCCUUCCAGAAGCCCGUUAGCCUGUUCUCGUCCUCCCUGCGCUGUGCACAUCUGGAGCUCCCAGAGGACAUCAGUGACCUUUGCAAAGACGACGAUGAGAACUACCUGUCCGAGCGGACCAUAGAUGAGGUGUACCAUCUGUGGUGUCUGGCGGGGGGAGACCUGGAGAAGGAGCUGACCAACAAGGAGAUCAUACAGUCCAAACCUCCAAUCUGCACACUGCCCAAUUUUGUUCUUGAAGACGGGGAGUCAUUUGGCCACGGGAGGGAUCGAAGUUUCUUGCUUGACGACACUACAGUGACGCUGUCUCUGUGCCAACUCAGAAACAGACUGAAGGAUGUAGCAGGAGAAGCUUAUUACCCUCUGCUGGAAGACGAACAGUCAAGUCUGCCCCAGUCCAACAGCAGCAAUGAGCUGUCGGCCACCGUCACGCUGCCGCUCAUCAUUCGCGAGAGAGACACCGAGUACCAACUCAUCCGCAUCAUCCUCUUUGACAGGCUGCUCAAGGCGUAUCCUUACAAGAAGAACCUGGUGUGGAAAGAGGCCAGAGUGGAUAUUCCCCCCCUUGUUCGAGGUCUGGCGUGGGCUGCGCUGCUCGGCAUUGAGGGAGACAUUCAAGCCAAAUAUGAGAGCAUUGACAAAGAUACUCCCAUACCAACGGACAGACAGAUUGAGGUGGACAUCCCGCGCUGCCACCAGUACGACGAGCUGCUGUCGUCUCCUCAGGGCCACAUCAAGUUCAGGCGCGUGUUGAAAGCCUGGGUGGUCUCACACCCUGACCUGGUCUACUGGCAGGGUUUGGAUUCACUUUGUGCCCCAUUCCUCUACCUGAAUUUCAAUAACGAGGCUCUAGCAUAUGCCUGCAUGUCUGCCUUCAUCCCCAAAUACUUGUACAACUUCUUCCUGAAGGACAACUCUCAUGUGAUUCAAGAGUAUUUGACCGUCUUCUCCCAAAUGAUUGCCUUCCAUGACCCAGAGCUAAGCAACCAUCUAAAUGAGAUUGGCUUCAUCCCAGACCUUUAUGCUAUUCCGUGGUUCCUGACGAUGUUUACACAUGUGUUUCCACUGCACAAGAUCUUCCACCUGUGGGACACGCUGCUGCUGGGUAACUCCUCCUUCCCCUUCUGUAUCGGCGUGGCCAUAUUGCAGCAGCUCAGGGAUCGACUCCUGGCUAACGGCUUCAACGAGUGCAUCCUGCUCUUCUCUGACCUGCCAGAAAUUGACAUUGAGCGCUGUGUUCGUGAGUCCAUCAGCCUCUUCUGCUGGACUCCAAAGAGCGCCACCUACCGGCAACACGCCCAGCCACCAAAGACCGCCGGUGACAACGGCUUUGGGAAAACGGCAACAUACUACUCGUCUGACUACCAGGACAUGCCCAAGACGGAUCUGUCUCGGGAGCCUCUGGCGCUGUGUGACCUGAAAGCAGAAGUAUCCCCCAGGAUCUCGGCCGAGGACUUAAUCGACCUCUGCGAGCUGACUCUGGCCGGGCCCGCCAAGAGGACCAAAUCCAGCAAGCCCAAAAUCAUUGCUGUCGACAUCCGCAGCAUCGAGGACUUCAGCAGAGGCCAUAUUUCUGGCAGCAUCAACGUUCCCUUCAGCGCAGCGUUCAACCCUGACGGUGAGCUGGUGCAGUGUCCUGCCACGGGAAUCCUCCAGAACUACAGAGGACGCGUCAUCGUGGUCAUUAGCCACGCCAUGAAGAGUGCUGCAGUGUUUGCAGCACACCUGGUCAAGGUAAAUUUCCCGCGGGUUUGUAUCCUGGACGGAGGGAUCAACAGGCUGAAGCCCACCGGCCUCCUGACUGUCCCCUCCCCGCAGAUCUGACCUCAUACCUCAGCUUCACCUUCACUAAAGGGACGAGUGGAAAGGCUGUAAAUUGCCUUUUGAGGUGAAAAAAAGCGAUGUCACCAUUGUAUGUAGACUUUUUUUUUUUUUUUUUUUUUUACAUAUUCUCAUUGAACUGUGAUGAUGAUGAAAAACUACAUUAAAAUAAUCCUUUGAUUUCAUCUCCAAAUAUACUUAUAGAGCAAUUUUAUUCUUUUCUGUCCCAAAACAAGUGAUUUAAUGUUUUUUUUUUUAAGGAAAGACUUCUAUGUGUUGUUAUUGUGAGUUGAGUCUGUGAUUAAUACAAAUAUCUUGAUCUGUAUGUCAGCCUGUCUGUUCUGAGCCAGUUGAUCUAAGUAACUCUGUGGUACUUUAUUAGCUAUGCCUGCAUGAUCUAAUUCAAUCCAGUACAACUACCGUGCCAUAAAGUCUACUUUUAUAAUGUGGUGAGUGAGUGCAUUAUAUUCAAAGUGUUUCUAAUAUUCUGCCCCUCUCAUGCAUAUGAAUAUAGCCCAGCACAACACUGCUUUUAACUAUGAGCUCAGUAAUAAACAUUUCAUUGAAUUCUCACAGUUCCCACAGUGGCAGAGCUGUUGUAUUGAAUUGUAAUAGACUGUACAGGUGUGCCAAAUAAAGUGGCCACUGUGUAUGUGUGAGAAUAAUAAAAAAUAACACAGUGAUUUGUGUAUUUGGUGAUUUCAUAACUGCUAUUAUUAAAAAAAAAAAAAAAAGAUGCCACGCUGUGAAAAAAAUAAACAUCAAUCAAAACCAGUCUUUAGACAACAUACGGCAGCAGGAUGUUUCAGACAAGCCGGGGCAGGAGCACACGUUUCGAAAACUCCACAGUUGCACAGGUGACGGUAUCUCGACAGAUAUUCUCAAAAGGCUCA